CGCAUCGCUCAGUACUCGCCAGGUCGCACACCCACAGGACUCCACACAAUGAUCAACUUCGCAGUAAUUGGCACGGGCUGGAUCACCGCCUCGUUCAUUGAGUCGGCCCAAGCAACCAACGAAUGGAAGUUGGCUGCCGUUUACUCCAGGAAGGAAGAGACGGCCCGCGAAUUCGCAACCAAGCACGGCGUCGACAAGAUCUACACUUCUCUCGAGGAUCUCUCCAAUGCUACCGAUAUCCAAGCUGUUUACAUUGCCUCUCCGAAUGCACUCCACUACGAGCAGGCCAAGUCAAUUCUCUCGGCGAAAAAGCACGUCAUUUUGGAAAAGCCGGCGACGUCUACCGUGGCCGAGUUCGAGUCACUGUACGCGUUGGCCAAGCAGCAAGGCGUCUUCUUGAUCGAAGCGAACCGUCACAUCCAGGAGGCGAAUUUCAAGGUUUUGCAGAAGAACCUGGAAAAGCUGGGACCGUUGUACGGUGCUUCAUUAAACUAUGCCUCUUACUCAUCGCGAUACAACGCCGUACUCGCUGGGGAGACGCCCAACAUCUUCUCCCUUUCGCUCUCGGGCGGUUCGCUCGUUGACUUGGCCGUGUAUCCCAUCUCGGCUGCCGUUGCCCUUUUUGGUGCCCCGAAAGCGCAGUCAUACAGCCCAGUCAUCAUUCGUACCGGCGCUGAUGGCGGUGGGCUCAUUAUGCUGCAAUACGACAAUUUCGCUGUUAGCAUCAAUGCCUCAAAAAUCUACACCUCGACCGCCCCAAGCGAAGUGUUUGGCGAGAAGGGUACGCUGGUCGUCAACGGCGUGACAGACAUUGACAGCAUCGAGUAUCUGGAUGCCAAGGCGAAGCAGAAGACGCAGCUGGCAGGAGAGAAGGCCAAGUUUAACCUAAUGGAAGAGGCGGCCGAGUUUGCCAGGAUCAUCAACGAGAAAGAUGCGGCCGCGGCCAAGAAGCUGGAAGAAAUGAGUCGGAUUGUUAUUGGCAUCACGACCGACUUGAGGCGUCAGAACGGCAUCGUAUUUGAUGUCGAGAAGAAAUAAGCAUGUAGAUUGAUAGCAUGUGGCUGGUUACACAGCAUAAUGCACAGGCUCU